CAACACUCAUUUGUGAAUCUAACAUGGCGGUCGUUGUUGGUUGUUUAUGAUAGGUAUCUCACGGACUCUAACUACAAUUUUAUUUUAAAGUUGGUGAAAUUAGUCUAAUUAAUAUUCUCAAGGGACUUUCCCAGUGCUCAUGUGUGUGUCAUAACUCCGUUUGUUCUUCAACUACUCUCCCAGUGCCAGUGAUCCCGAACAGAUCUCACGGAUUCUGUUCCGAACGCUCCUAAAGUACACGAAAAAUUAUGUUUACGUUAUUUUGAUAGGGUGGCUCCAACCAGACACAGGUUCUCAUGUCCUCGCCAGCAACCACCAACUCGUUCACCGAGAUCUCUUAGUGUAUUCAUAACAAUGGAGCGUUUAUUGCUAUGAUAGCAAACCAACCUCUUAUCGCUUUCCGCUGAAGAUGUCCAAAACUACAACAAAAUCCUAUGGGCGUGGAAAGUAUUCCAACCAUCCCAACACUGCGCUGCAAACAAGUAUACAGUUCGACAAAGCAGCAAGUGCCAAAACCAAUAAACCAACGGCAGCCAAAUCCACCGGCACAGUUGGAAAAUGGGGAAUAACAUCUUUCACAUCCAUUCGCAGCGUUAAUCCUACUGGAUCAAAAUUCACCGUCGGGAAACGAGAUGCUCGUAAGGAAGCAGAAAAGAGGCAAGGAGCUAAAAAUGAAGUGAUUCCUGAAGUGCCACCUGCACCUCGACCAAAGAAGUUUUUCAAGAGUCGGAACCAAGGGGACUCAGCAUCUCAGGAAAAAGCGUACCAGUCUACCUCAAGUUACUCGGCAUCAUCUGCUAGAAAGUUGUCUCCUUCAAAAGAUAGACAAUCAGAACUGAUACGAGCAAAUGAUGAAGGAAAGAAAGAAAAUUCAACCAGGAGGGAGUCUGUCGAACAGACAGAAGCAAUGAACUUAUCUUCUUCCCCGACCAAAACCACACCAGAGCGAGAUGCAAGUAAACCACCCAUCGUUCUCCGAAUUUUUAAAGGAACAUCCCAGCUACUAACAGAGCCCCUGCGGAACAGUAACUAUGAAAGCAACAGAGCAGUAAUACCCGAAGGCAAAACGAGGAGUCAUAAAAAUAGUAAAAGCGAGUUUGUCGGCAAAGCAGAAAAGGUCGAGAAGCCAAAAGCACCUCGGAAUCUGCGUCGGAAGCAUACUCCCGAAUCCUCUGAAAACGAAGAGCAUACCGUACCAAAGAGAACAUUACGCGAUCGUAGCAAGCUCAACAAAGUUAUAUCUUAUUCAGAUGCAGACGACUCCGAAGAAAUCUACAUGAAGGAUGUGUCCAGUAACUCAAACUUGGUCGAGAACCAAGAGAAUCUCUCAAUCAAUUAUGUUACAAAUAACAAUAAUGAUAUUGUGAAUAAGUACAACCGAACAGAAGAACUUUUGAACGAGCUCAAUGAGUGUGCCACAGUUACAGCCCCAAAUUCUGCAGCGGAGGACUUGAAAAGUGAAUCAGCUCAAUCUGAAAAUUUAGAAGAAGACAGGCGUAAGCUUCUGGAAGUACUAGAGGGUAGUGAUGAUGAAAAACCAAAAGACAAAACUGAUGCAGAGGGUGGAAUCGGUAUUGAAGCAGCCAUCCAAAGCUCAGCAUUGUGCCCUCCAGCUGAGGUGAAAGAGUUUCUACCAAGCACGAGCUCGUUGCAGCCGAUGCCUCAUGGAGACGUUUCGAUGACUGAUUCAGGUAUGGGCAGCUCUCAGGACUCAGAUAAAGCCCCGAAUGCAGAGGGAGGUGAAUGGUUAUCAGAUGAAGAUGUGGAGAAUGAUAAUGACGGCUCCGGUGCUGUGGUUUCAACGGACAACGUCAGCGAAACAACAAGCCAAGCUGAUGUACCAUUCGCAAGUAAACGCAGCAUAUUCAAGUCGCGAGUGAUCACCGGAGAUAACAAGAAGCGCCUAGCAUUGUACAAGCACAAGUGGUGUGACGAUAAGGACAAGGACUCUGCAGUGGAAAAACCCCCGAGUACAGUCCUGAGCAACUCUGUUGCAGAGGGCAAAGAUGAGUUUGAUUUUGGACCUGAGUCCCUCACAAGAGUUACAACUGUCAGCUCUGCAGACUCGGGGGUUGGCUUUGAAAAUGACUCCGAGUUGAUCACAAGGAUAAAGUGCCCAAAGGAAGCCAAAGGAUUUUACACAGUUGUAAGAAAUGUAAAAAGGGCCCAUCAAAUUCAAGAAUCUGGAGAGUUUCAAGAAUUUAAUGAUGAUGUAGAAUAUAUUCUUGAUGCUUUGAAAGAUAACAACCCCAUCGGGACAAGAUGUUUAUCAGCAAUUUCUCUCGCCUCUAAGUGCAUGGCUCCUGCGUUUAGAAUGCAUGUACGAGCUCACGGAACCGUUACCAAAUUUUUCAAAGCUCUCCAUGAUGCUGCCAAAGAUCAGAGUUUGGGUAUGUGUACAGCGACUGUGAUGUUUGUGCUGAGUCAAGAUAGGCUGAAUAUGGAUCUGGACCGUGACAGUUUAGAACUGAUGCUGAACCUCCUCGAGAGUGACACUUCACAUCGCAAUGCAUUGGAUACCUGCGGUCUCACCGAUUCUCAGCUGCGCAAAACAAUAGCCAGGGUGCGGGAGCUGUGCGCCGAAAUACAGUCCCAGGGUCACGCUAAGCACCUGAAUUUAGAUAAUAUCACAGUCGGCCACUUAGCAAUGGAAACGCUGUUGAGUUUGACCAGUCGAAGAGCAGGAGAAUGGUUUAAAGAAGAGCUGAGAGAACUUGGAGGAUUGGAGCACAUUGUACAAACUAUAGUCGAAUGUUGCCGUUUAGUUGAUGACACAGUCAAUGCAUGGUCUCCUCCGUUACUUGAAAAAAUUUGCAAGGUUGACAGGUGCCUACGAGUUCUCGAAAAUGUUACUUUUCAAAAUGAAGAAAACAACGCUUACUUGUUGCAAUUCAAGGAGGGAAUACUUCUGGAUACUGUAGUGAAAUUGUUCAAAGUUUGUGAUGCUGAGAUUCCUCUGUACCCUAGUUCGGAUAUCACUGACAAACAGUCUGUCGGAGCUAUCUUGCGAGAAACCCUCUUAGCCACUCUCAAGGUGUUGAUCAAUCUGACGCACAACUUCUCAGCUAAUUCUCAAGGUGCAUUGGCAGCGGGGCAGAAGCAAGGGAUGAUCGACAACAGCCUUCACGUCUUGUUGCAAAUCCCGCAGCACAUACCCGACGAAGAGAAGUUUGACUGUACCGUGCUAGCUCUUAUCUUGCUCAUCAACCUCGUUGAGCACAAUGAUGUUAAUAGGAGGACAAUAAUUCAUGCCAAAGCACCUGCAGAGACUGAGAGCAUUUUUGAGACAAAAUCAAAGAAGAUGGCUGUAGAAGCCUUGGUAGAACUAUUCUAUCAGCAAGAGAACCUUGCGAGGACUGAAGAAAAGAAAACGGAUGCAAUUCUUGAUGGAGAUGAAAAUGAGAAACAAGAGCGAGAGAAGGCGAAAGAAAAAUCCAAGGAAGAAAAUAUGGAAGAAACCAUUGCAAUGUUGUUGCAAAAAGCAGGCCGUCACAUGGAGCACACGUUGAUUGCGGCCUAUGUCGGGCUUCUGUUGGGCUAUCUAACGAUUGAUAACGAUGAAUUUGAUCAGUCACUUAGGAGGUACCUGCCUGAAAACAAUUUUUCAACCAUCCUGUCCAUUCUAAAGAAAUUCUACGAUUUCAUGAAUUUGACUGCCGCAGCGACUGCUGAAACGACGAGAGGUAUCAAAGCCACAAAUAUGAUAAUAAUGCAUUUAACGGAAUGUGACAGCAGGUAUGUUGAAGCCCACCAAGGUCUCGACUGCUCGCUGAGUCAACCCUCCAUCGCAUACUCACAUAAUUAGCCGUAAGGAUUUGUUUCCUACUCACAGAGGAGUAAACUUAACUCUCCAAACUGUAGAAACUAAGAAGUCUCAGACCACUACUAUCUUUUAAGCUCCUGUAAAAUCUUCAGUCAAAAGUUGACUCCUCGCCUAGCAAUGUAAGAAUCUAAUUUUCGAAAUUUUGAACUUCGGACUGCAUAAUCUAUAAGAAUCUGUCUCGAAUGAGAUCAUUCAAAGCUUCUCGCUCACGUUCAGACUUGUAUCCAUCCGUUACCAAACGCACCCUGUAUUUUCAAAUGAUGCUUUAAACUAAGUUGAGCAGAAAGAAACUAAUUCAAAUCCAAUUGAAAUAGGAAAAAAAGUUUUAAUCUUUCUUAGGACAUCAUCCUAGUGAUGAGCCCUCCCCCCCCCAUCCCCCCGUGAAAUGAAAACUCCUACAUGGCUCUCACAGACUGUGGAAUUCUCAAAAGCCAACUAAAUUUAUGUGAAAAUGUUGUGAGCUAAGUAUCCAGCAAACAAGAAAAAAAUCACCGUAACAGUAGGAACCAUAGGAAUCAACCGUUCAGCAGUGUCCCGGAUUUUUAAGAAAUAGUUUUUAUCCAUGGGCUUGUAAUCACUUUUACGAAUUUGCUAAAAUAGUUUUUUAAAAUACUUUAUAUGGCGUUUUUCAGACUUAUGCAAACCAAGUUCUUUUUGGAAACUAGCAAUCUCUCCAAACGACAAACUUUUAACAUGCGAAAAACACUUCUAGUUGAGCUUAAAAUUAAUUUCAACUCUAUGCUCUUAAAAUGAGAAUUGGUUCCUUCCGGUUCAACUUGGUGCCCUUUAUUUCUGGUCUUGUAUUUUCUUCCUAAAUCAAUGCUUUAAGCAAUGUGCUGUAUUUUACGACUCCUGUUUAAAACUGAAACCAUAUUUUGAGUUAACGCCAGUUUUUACUUUUGAAGCCUCAAACCUAUGAAGGAAACAAGGUAUUUUUGACAUAUUUAAGAUAUCGCUGAUUUUGAAUGAAAUCUGUUCCAAGAUGAAGCUUUCAAGCAAUUGACCUCAAAAACUCAAUUUUCAGUUCCCGGACAUGAGUUUAAACUUUUAACUCUUCUUAAUUUUUAAACUUGGAACUUUUAUCCAAGUCUCCAGAACUGUUGAACUUACCCCAAAGAUUCACUCUUAGCUUCAUUCGUCUGGCUUGCUGAGUCAGAAAAACACAUACAGAAAAAAAAUCUGAUCUUGUUUAAAUAAUUGUGUGGGUUUUAACAAAACUGCUUUCAAUAAUCAUGCAUUGAAAUCUGGUUAAGAAGUGUGAACAUUUUGCAACUCUUUGUAACUCUGUUACUUCACUCCUGCAUAAACCAAAAUAAUAAAAAAUCAAAUCAAAUAAAAAAAUGUUAAGUAAAAUCCCUUUGUUGAGGAAAACAAUGUAAGUUUAUUUUCACUUAGUUUAUGUGAGUUUUAAUAUUAUAAAAAGCUCCCCUUAUUGAUAUUUAUUCCCUCUCUAAAAUCACAUGUUCUUAGCUUUUGGUUUGGAAUCAAACAUAGAAUUCCUCAGAGAGUGAUUUUAUCCAGGGGUCCGCAAAGCUGCGCAUGCGCUUGCGGCCGCUUUGCAUAUAAGCGCCUUUUCUCCUAACCUCAAUUCCAUCAUAAUAAAAUUUUUUGAAAAGUUUAAAUCAAUGGUUUUCAAAUUAUAUUUGCCACAAUUUUGCAAGUAUUGCUAUGUUUUACAUUAAAUUAUAUAAAAAGAAAAUAAAAAGUAAAAACAGUUUUUAUUUUUUAUCAUUCCGUGAUCAUUAAAGUAAAACCGAUGACAAAUUUAAAAAAAAAAUCUUAGAUCUGCUGGCAUCUCAAUGAAAAAUCAUUCUUAAAAUUUAAGGAAAGAGGGGGAAAAUUUAAUGAAUGCAUUCUUCACGUAUUUCCCAGUGUUCAAUGAAGUUUACCACCGCCACAUGCUGAGUCACGACUUGCUGUGGAGUAACCGCAAUGAAAUUCCGCGGGUUGCAUCCAGCGUAUUUGAAGGGGUUUUUUUUGUCCGCUUCGCUUCGGGGUUGCUUCCCUUUGAAAAUCGCCGCUUCGCGGACCCCUAAUUUUAUCCAACUACUUUCCAUCCAUUUGACUGAAUUCAUCCUAUCAUUCUUAUGAUAUUUCCACGCUGUAACUGCAGGAACGCUUAUCUCGUUUGCACUUUCUCAGAAUCUUUGCUCUUAUUGUAUUCUAUGAAAAGAACACAAACCCAUGCUUCUGCUAGAAAUUUUGAUAGAAUAUUCUUCACACAGAGAAGGAAAAUCCGAAAAUUGUUCAAGAAAUUAUGUUGAAUAUUUUUUCAUCUAAAAAGCAGAGUAUGACAGGAAGUCUGCAACAGCACAAAGCGAGAUAAGCGCUCCACCUGUUUCAUCGCCAAUAUUCUAUGUUACUCACUUCGUAAGUAUUUUGAGACUCUUUUAAUAUCCAAAUAAUUCUUGAUUUUAAUAUGUUCAGUAGUAGCAAUCUGGUAUUUUAUGGAAUCAUGGGAAAGAGUUUUAAUCCUGUUACUUAUUCCUGCUCUUAUCACAACCUGAUUAUUUUUUUUCCCCCUUUUGGCAAAUAGAUUUUAGGUUUCAUUUUGAUAUCCAGCUGAUCUCUAGUAUUUGUGCUCAUUAAGCACAAUUUCUGAUUAUUUUUUUUUUGUUUCUUUCCUCUUACGAAGAAAGCCACUAAAGAGUAGAUGAUAAGAUGGCUAAGAUUGAAUGUUUUUGUUUCAUUGAACUUAGAGUGAUUGAACUGAAUUAUCCAGAUAGUAAAUUUAAUUAAAAUUUUCUCUGCUCUCGAUAUUGAAAAUUUGUGUGUCACAUCACUUAGUUAAUUUUUCUUUGAAUGUUUCUUUCCAAAAAAUGUAUUACCUCGGACCGGAUCAACAAAAAAGGACCCUACCUCCCAACAAUUUUUGGAGUUAUUGGUACCACUGUGAAGAAGCAGAAAAUCCGGAACUCCUUAAGCGAGUUUGACGCUGAAAGCUUCAAAACAGAGGGAGUCAUUAUGUCCUGAAGUUUCAAUCAAGACAAAAAUUCUUAAGUUUUAGGUUAAAUUUAAAAUUGCAAUUGGAAGGAAAGUCCUGUUUCAGAAUUCUUACGUACACAUUAAAAAGGAGCAGCUAGCGUUUUUAUGAUGAAAAAACUGGACUACCUAAUACCACGUUUAGCUUGUGUAUUUUGCAGAGAACUCGAAAUCACCAAUUCCAAAAUUGGUACUCUUGGAAGGUAAGGUCCCUUUUCACAGAUCCUAUCGCAUUCUGGUGUGAUAUUAUGGGUCUCUUUGUUCACUUUUGAAAUGGUGAACUGGUCACAAAGGAUGAAUGUUUUUUCAGCAUCCAGAUUCUUCCUUAAUUACCUCCAUAACUUUUUUCAAUUUUUACCCUUUUUUUGAGUGGUGUGAAUUGAAAGUUUAAGGAUUAAUUCCUCUUCAAACAUAAGUUUCAAAACGAAAUUGACCAAACAGCUAUAUGACACAAAAUUCUGUUGAUCUCUCAAGUGAAUUCUCUAAACCGAGGUAAUUAUUUUCCAGAGAUGGUACUAUUUCUGUAGAAUUUAGAAUUUGAACACUAAUUUUAAAGCUCUAAACAACCAGUCACAAAAUUUUUGGAGAAGGGAAAUUUUUCAAUUUUUAUACGAGGACCCUUCCUUGUACUUCGUCCACUAGUAAUCAUUACCAAUAUAUUGCUUCUCUUCAAAGUAUUCUCAUCCUUAAAUGAACGAAUACAACUGAAAGGAAAAAACUUAUUCUCUUUGGGCAAAAACAUCUUUAGGUUUAUGUCAUGUUUUCGAGCAAGUUAAAAAUUAAAUUGGAGGAAAACUUAGGAGACAGUUACAUGAUUUGACCCGAAGGUUUUGAUCAUCAAAAUUGCUGUUCUUUGUGUUUUGUUGCAGCCAGAAUAGUAGAUUAGAAUAAAAUUUGUGUUCAAAGGGAAUAGAACCUUGGUCAAGCUCCUUUUUUUAAAUGCAUCAUUACAUGGAGGGGAAGGUCUCCUCACACAGAAUAAAUCACAAUAUAUGAGAAUUUUUAUAUUUUGUGAUUUUACAAAUAUGCAUUUAUCCAAGAAGACAAAAAUAUAUCCAUGAGAAAGAAAAAUACUAAUUAUGUCUUCUUGUUUUAAUUGUCUGAUAAUUUCAAAGAUUUUGGUUCAGUUGCUUUUCAUCACUACUAAGUUGGGUAGGUAGCGCUUCUGAUGGUUUUUAUUUUUUUAUUGUGAUGGUUCGUGAAACCAAAGGAUCGUCAUCUGUAACUUUUUACCACAAAAGUAGAAUGCAUUAUCAUUGUAAAAAACAAAAACAAAAAAAACCUGCAUUCAAGUUGAAGGAAAAUCAAAAUUCCAGAAACAUCUUUGUUUUGUGGCUCUUGAAACGAGCUCCAUAGGAACUUGUCUCUGUAGAUUGUGUAAAGAUUUGGAAAUAUUUAUCAUUGUGUAUGUACCUUGAUGUAAAUUGACGUAGCAUGAAGUUUUUCAAAAAUCAUUUCCAAUAAACUGUUUUGUGAAUUAA